ACACCAUCAAAUGUAUUCUUGUACAUUUUGCUUUAUUUCGUCCUAUACGGAGUAAAAAUACAGACAUACACUGAAGCGCUUACAGUAGCCACCUUCAGGACGGACUCUCUGGCUUCUGACCUUUUGGAGUGGAAUAGCGGAAUAACCCUUGUAACAUGAGCUCAGUGGCUGUGUUGACCCAGGAGAGCUUUGCAGAGCACCGCAGUGGGCUGAAGGAUGAGGAGAUCACAGGUAGUGGUGUUCCUGAGGAUGAGGCCUACAUCCCCACCUACCUGGAGGCUUUCCCCCCACUGCCUGAGAAAGGUGCCUCAGGAGAGAAAUCUGGUGAACCUGCAGGGGCCUGGAGCAAAAUUCGACCCAUCAAAGCAUCUGUUAUCACACAGGUGUUCCAUGUGCCCCUGGAGGAGCGGCGUUAUAAGGACAACAGUCAGUUUGGGGAGGGUGAGGAGGCUAAAGUGUGUCUGGACAUCAUGCAGAGGACUGGAGCGCACAUCGAACUUUCUCUGGCCAAAGACCAAGGCCUCUCCAUCAUGGUCACAGGAAAGCUGGACUCUGUCAUGAAGGCUCGGAAGGAGAUUGUGGCUCGGCUCCAAACUCAGGCCUCGGCCACAGUCACCAUUCCCAAAGAACACCAUCGCUUUGUGAUCGGGAAGAACGGAGAGAAGCUUCAGGAACUGGAGCUGAAGACGGCCACUAAGAUCGCCAUUCCGCGCCCAGACGACCCGAGCGCCAACAUCCGCAUCACUGGCACCAAGGAGGGGAUUGAGAAAGCCCGACACGAGAUCCUUCUCAUCUCUGCUGAGCAGGAUAAGCGUGCGGUGGAGCGUCUGUCUCUGGAGAAGGCCUUUCACCCAUUCAUCGCGGGAGCGUAUAACCGGCUGGUGCAGGAGCUGAGUCAGGAGACGGGGGCUCGCAUCAGCAUCCCCCCGCCAAGCCUGCACAAGGAUGAGAUCGUCAUCACCGGAGAGAAGGAGGCGGUCGCCAUGGCAAUCGCCCGCAUCCGUGCCAUCUAUGAGGAGAAGAAACGAAAGACCACUACUAUCUCGGUGGAGGUGAAAAAGUCGCAGCACAAGUACAUAGUGGGACCAAAGGGCAACACCCUGCAGGAGAUCAUGGAAAGCACUGGUGUGUCUGUGGAGAUGCCACCUCUGGACUCCAGCUCUGAGACCAUCAUCCUCCGGGGUGAACCCGACAAACUAGGCCCUGCCCUCACACAAGUUUAUGCCAAGGCUAAGAGUGUGAUGGUGGUGGAGGUGACGGCUCCAGCCUGGCUCCAUCGCUUCAUCAUCGGCAAGAAAGGACAGAACAUCAGCCGCAUCACACAGCAACUCCCCAAGGUGCACAUAGAGUUCACUGACGGUGAGGAGAGAAUCAGUUUGGAGGGGCCGACAGAGGAGGUGGAGCAGGCCCAGGCUCAAAUUCAGGAAAUCAUCAAAGACCUGAUGUCGCGGAUGGAUUACGCUGAGGUGAACAUUGACCAGCGAUUCCAUAGACACCUCAUUGGCAAGAAUGGGGCCAACAUAAACCGGAUUAAGGAGCAGUAUAAGGUGUCAGUGAGGAUUCCACAGGACUCCGACCGAAGUGGACUGGUCCGCAUUGAAGGAGACCCUCAGGGAGUCCAGCUGGCCCGCAGAGAGCUCAUGGACAUGGCCCAGCGGAUGGAAAAUGAACGCACCAAAGACCUGAUCAUUGAACAGAAGUUCCAUCGUACAAUCAUCGGCCAAAAGGGUGAAAAGAUCAAAGAAGUGCGGGACAAGUUCCCAGAGGUGAUUAUCAAUUUCCCUGAUCCGUCGCAAAAGAGUGACAUUGUGCAGCUCCGUGGGCCCAAGAACGAGGUGGAAAAAUGCGCCAAGUUCCUACAGAAACUCAUCGCUGACCUGGUUGAAAACAGCUUUACGAUCUCUGUUCCCAUCUUCAAGCAGUUUCACAAAAACAUUAUUGGCAAAGGUGGUGCUAACAUCAAGAAGAUCCGCGAGGAGACGAACACAAAGAUUGAUCUGCCCACGGAGAACAGUGACUCUGAGAUGAUUGUCAUCACGGGUAAAAAGGCAAACUGUGAGGCAGCACGCGAUCGCAUUCUGGCCAUCCAAAGAGACCUGGCGAACAUUAAAGAGACAGAAGUGAGUAUCCCGGCAAAGCUGCAUAACUCUCUGAUUGGCUCAAAGGGCUGUUUGGUUCGCUCCGUGAUGGAAGACUGUGGGGGCGUACACAUCCAUUUCCCCUCCGAGGGCUCCGGGUCAGAUAAAGUCACCAUCCGUGGCCCCGCCGGAGAGGUGGAACGAGCCAAAAAACAACUGCUGCAACUAGCUGAGGAGAAGCAAGUGAACAACUUCACCGUCGAACUGCAAGCCAAACCAGAAUACCACAAAUUCUUGAUCGGGCGAGGUGGAGCAAACAUUCGCCGUGUUCGGGAUCGAACUGGUGCUCGAAUUAUCUUUCCAUCACCAGACGAACCCGAACAAGAGCUCAUCACCAUAGUAGGCAGAGAGGAGGCUGUCCGGCUCGCCCAGAAAGAGCUGGAAACCCUCGUCAAAAACCUGGAUAAUGUGAUAGAGGACACCAUGGUGGUGGAUCCGCGGCAUCAUCGUCACUUUGUAUGUAGGCGAGGGCAAGUUCUGAGGGAACUUGCGGAGGAGUAUGGGGGAGUUGCUGUCAGUUUUCCCCGCACUGGCGUGCAGAGUGAUCGAAUCACGCUUAAGGGGGCCAAAGACUGCGUGGAGGCUGCCAAAAGACGCAUCCAAGAGAUCAUUGAGGAUCUGGAGGCUCAGGUGAGUGUGGAGGUGGCUAUCUCUCAGCGGUACCACAGAGCAGUCAUGGGCCCCAAGGGGUGCAGAAUCCAGCAGAUCACACGAGAACAUGAGGUCCAGAUCAAAUUUCCAGAGAGGGACGAGUCUGCAGGUCAGGAGCCCUCUCCAUUAGAGAAUGGAGACACCAGCCCAGAUGCCAACUUUGUGCCCCGAAAGGGUGACAUCAUCACCAUUUCAGGCCGAGCAGAGAAGUGUGAGCUGGCACGGGUGGCCCUACUGGCUCUGGUCCCUGUGACAGUGGACGUGGAGGUGUCCUAUGACCUCCACCGCUACAUUAUUGGGCAGAAGGGCAGCGGAAUCAGAAAAAUGAUGGAGGACUAUGAGGUGAAUAUUUGGGUUCCUCAGCCAGAGCAACAGUCUGACAUCAUAAAGAUAACGGGUCAGGUGACCAACGUGGAGCGAGCCAAACAGGGCCUGCUGGAGCGGGUCAAAGAGCUACAGGCAGAGCAAGAGGACCGGGCUUUAAGAAGCUACAAAGUUACCCUCUCUGUCCACCCCAAAUAUCACCCCAAGAUCAUUGGCCGUAAAGGUGCCGUCAUUUCCCAGAUACGCAAAGAUCAUGACGUUAACGUGCAGUUCCCAGACAAGGGCGAUGAGCACCAGGUGUGUGAUCUGAUCGUGAUCUCUGGUUAUGAGCGAAAUGCUGAGGAGGCAAAGGCAGCUAUAGAGCAGCUGGUCUCUACCCUGCAGGAGAUGGUGAGUGAGGAUGUACAGCUGGACCACCGCGUCCACGCUCGCAUCAUCGGCACCCGCGGCAAGGCCAUCCGCAAGCUCAUGGAAGAGUUCAAGGUGGAUAUCCGCUUCCCCCAGCCGGGCUCAGAUGACCCAGACAAAGUGACCGUGACAGGGCUGCCUGAGAAUGUGGAUAACGCCAUUGACCAUCUCCUCAACCUGGAGGAAGAAUAUAUGUUGAGUGUGACUGAGACAGAGACCAUGGCAGCCUAUAUGAAGCCGUCUCGUGGAGUAGGAGGAGGUGGAGGUGGAGGAGUAGGGGCGGAUGAUGACGGCAGGAGCCCUGCCAAGGGUUUUGUAGUGCGGGACGCCCCGUGGAACGCCCCAGGCAACAAGGCUCCUGACAUGAGCAGUGCAGAGGACUUCCCAACCUUUGGCUCUGGAGUAGCACCUAAACAGAUGUCCGCCUGGGGACCCAAGAAGUUUUAAACACCAGAGACGUUAGGAUGGAGAUGAUGAGAGACUUAAAACCACGCUUUAGUCCAACAAGCACACACAGC